GUGCCGCGGCCCCAUCUGCGUGCCCCUCUCGCGCUCUCCUCUUUCACUCCAUCUCACUCUCUCUGUCUGUCUGAUCGCGAUUCACAGGGUGACCGACAGCACCGUCACUUUCUGCAGACGCGGGGACAUGUACUAACGGCACAGGUUUCAAAGGAGACACCGAGCGAGUUCGCUUUGGAAGAGACCUUUAUUUUUCCCUUCUGUUUUUCCUGCAGUUGAACUUUGUGGAUUACUGCUAUUUUUCUAUUUAGCGAAAAGCCAACCAUGGAGGAGUCGAGCUCCCAGAAGCUGGUGUGGGACAGUGAUGCCAAGGCGGUGCAACAGUGCCUCACCGACAUCUUCACCAGUGUCUACACCACGUGCGAUAUCCCCGAGAACGCCAUCUUCGGGCCCUGCAUCCUCAGCCACACAUCGCUCUAUGACAGCAUCGCCUUCAUUGCCCUCAAGUCCACCGACAAGCGCACCGCGCCGUACAUAUUCAGGGUGGACACGUCCGCUGCCAACAGCACGUCGGACGGCCUGAUGUGGCUGCGGCUGGUCCAGUCGGCGCGGGACCGCGAGGAGCAGAACCUGGAGGCCUACGUGAAGAAUGGCCAGCUGUUCUAUCGCUCGCUGCGGCGGAUCGAGAAGGACGAGGAGCUCCUGGUGUGGUACGGCAAGGACCUGAUCGAGCUGCUGCUCCUCACCGCCAGCAGAGCGCCCACCAAGACCAAAGGUUCUCCUCCAUACCUGUGUCCAGACUGUAGUCAGCGGUUCCAGUUUGAGUUCCCCUUCCUGGCCCACCAGCGGUUCCGCUGCACCAAGAGACUACAGAGCCUGAACGGGCCCGAGGAGGAACCCAAGGACAGCAGUGAGGCAUCGGGCCGCACGCCUGCCCGCUCCAGCCCUAAACUGGGCCGACCGGAAGGCUUCCCCAACCCCCCAGAGGCCGGCAAGCCAGCCACAGAUUUCCACAACCUGGCCCGGGACCUGGAGAACAACAGAACCAGCCCGCCCAGCGACAAGGAGGCGGAGAUCUCCAGCGAGAGCUCGGCCAAGCGCAAGUUCUCGGACAUGGAGGAGGGAGCGGGCCCGUUGAACAUCAGCAGGAGUAGUGGGCUCGGUCUGCCCAUGAAGUCCAAAGAGGAGCUGGCCACAUCGGCGCGUGAGUACAGGGGAGCGUACGGCCUGGAGCCGGAGAACCGCCGCACGUUCUCCCCGCCGGGCGCGGAUCCGCCGGGCACCGAGGGCAAGCGCAGCGCCUUCACCGAGGUGCGCAAGUCUCCACAGAGCCUCAAGCACAGCGCCAAAAACUCUGCUUCCUCGACCUCCUCCUCUUCCUCCUCCUCGUCCUCGAACGCAGAGAACAAGGAGUCGGGCCGGUCUGGUGGCAGCCCGUCCGACAGGCACCCUCUGGGCGUGCGGCAGGUGCUGGGCGAGACGCAGUCACCACCGCAGUCUCGGAUGGACCCUCCGCCGCUGCACCUGGCCAGCGCCUUCACCUCUGUGGCCCAGCAGGUGGGCGGAGGGUCCGGCGCGCCUGAGAGGAAGAGUGCCUUCAGCCAGCCUGCUCGCUCCUCUUCCUCCUCCUUCCCCCAGCUCUCGCCGCUGGUCAUGGCGCCGAAGCUCCUGGACUGCCACCCGACCGUGGGCGACACCGUCUCGUCCAGCAGACUCUACCAGGCCGACCACCUGGCCGCAAAGCUCCAGGGCUCGGAGCUGGGGGGCGCCUGCCCCGUGCCGGGCAGCCUGGCCAAACAGAGCCCCUUCCUGUACGCGGCAGCAGCCGCCACGGCCUUCUGGCCCAAGAGCGCGGCGGCGGCAGCGGGCCCCAUCCAGCUACAGGUGCCGUCGGCGCUGACGCUACUGCCACCCUCCUUCACCUCGCUGUGCCUGCCCGCGCAGAACUGGUGCGCCAAGUGCAACGCCUCCUUCCGCAUGACCUCCGACCUCGUCUACCACAUGCGCUCGCACCACAAGAAGGAGUUCGCCAUGGAGCCACUGGUCAAGCGCCGCCGCGAGGAGAAGCUCAAGUGCCCCAUCUGCAACGAGACCUUCCGGGAGAGACAUCACCUGUCCCGCCACAUGACCUCGCACAACUAGCACGCCACUUCCCCCCGAAACAAGUUGGGGUGGGGAACCACAAGGGCAUGUGUGCAUUCCAUAUCACUGUAAGACAAAGACUGGCGCUAAACACUGGAGACACUAUGCCACACGUCCGUUUUCACUUUUGAGAUAAAUUUUAAAAAGCAUAACUUUUUCUUUCUUGGUUCAGAAUUCUUCAAAUGUCAUCGGUCUUUAUUUCGGUCUGUGCAAAAGACAUUUUGACUUAUGAGGGGAAAAAAAACAAAUAUAUUUAUCUUAUGAAGCACUUAUAAUUUGACAAAGAAGGGAUGAUAAUACUAUGUGUAAAUGUACUUUGUAUUUUGUAUAUAUACAUGUAUAAUCUAUGAAAGAAACUGAGAUGUAGUUCUAUUUCACACAGAACUGCUGUAUGAUCAAUGAUUUUUCAUGUGUAAACUUAAAGUAUGAAUAUUGAAAUGAACUCUGAGUAUGAUGCCAGACUAUAUUUAAGAGUGCAUGUAAUAUUAAAUUGAUAUUGGUUUAAGAUGCAGUCUGCCCACAGCACUGUAAAUACCUGUUUUGUUGGAAUACAAAGUGUAAUAUUUUGUGUCCGUGAGGAAUAGAUUCAGUGUCUCUUCUUUUUGCUGAAAUCUACCAUUUGAUAGGUUAUCUAAUC